UCUGGACGGGACACGCUCCCCCCAGCUCCAAACGUUUCACUGGAAACUCAGAAUUGAAACUCAGAGGAACUUGCCAUCAAGGGAUUCUGGGACCCCACAGGAUUUUCUUGAGCACUGGGUUACCAUCUUCAGGGUUAACUGCCUCGGGUCCAGGAGUGGAGUGACAACCGGCUGACCCUCAUCUGGACCAACCUCACUGGAUAGUGUUGUGAAGUCACCUCAGUUCUCUUGUAUGUGGGGAUCUAACACACAUGUCCAGCCGGUCCACUUUUGAGCCCAGCGUUGAGGGGAGGCUGUUCAUGCCCUAGUGGAGACACCACGGCCUGCUGACUGUAACAUCUAUAUAUCUAUAUUCAUAAACUCAUACGUGUGUAAGUGAUGGGUGCGGCCUUUAAGAGGUUCUGUGCUCGUUUUUGCUGCUGCUGUUGCUGUGAUGAGGAGGAGGAGGAAGAGAAGAGACCCAUACUUGGGAAUGAGACGCUGGAGUACUUCAACCGUGAAGCGCAGAAGAGGCGGGACCAGGAGACCAACCUGUGGAGCGAGCCUGGAGAUCCCUCCCACUCUGAGAGAGAUGACGAUCGAACGCUUUACAACCUGCUGCAGCAGAGGGCAAAGACACGAACAGGCUCAACGGGCUACCGUCGUCUGAGCGUAGACAUCGAGGCCGUGAGGGAUUUCAGACGCGAGGUGCGGGACAAGUGGAAGAUGCUCCUGGAAAACCUGGGUUUCAUGGCAGAGGCGGAGUCUUUGCUGACCGUGUCAUCGGGCGCCUCGCUGGACCGUAUGCGUAACGCCCCGCGCUCCCGUGCUCUACUGCAGACCCUCGCCUCUGAGACCUCCAUCUUCAGCAGCAGGGAGCCUCCACCCGAGAGAUACCUCUUCAUUCUGGACCGUUUGAUCUACCUGGACGCCGCUGACGACUUUGUGGCAAAGGCUCGCCGCUUCUACCCUCCCAAAGACAGCGACGAUGAGGAAGAGGGGUCAGGGCUGUCCAUCAACCUCCCGCUGCUGCUCUCCAGAAUCCAGCCGGCCGUGUCCGGAGGCGAGGACGAAGUGGACGGAGAGGACGGCAGCGGCCGAGACGAUGACAACUACAACGGCCGCGAUUGAACACAAGGAAGAGGAAGAGGAAGAGGAAGAGGAAGAGGAAGGGCGAGGAAGGAAUGUGAGGGGAGAGGAGGUGCAUGCUGAAGAGCUUACGAGAGGUGGAUUAAGGAGCGCAUGGGGCAAUUCCGCGCAAAACUGUCACAUCCAUAACGGCAACACAAUGCCAUGGUAUUUAGUUGGCGUUAUGGAUGUGACAGUUUUGCAUGGCAUUGCCCCAUGUCAAAUGUGAUGUUUUAACAUGUGAUGUUUUAAACACCCAAAACCUGCAUUGCUGUUUUAAUUGACCAGAUAGACCAAUUAACCUUUCGCCUGACAUGAAUUCUAUUACGAAGAGUUUGCUGUA